AUGGACAAGCUGCAAACCGUUGUCAAAAUCCCCGCUGCAGAUGACGCGAGCGAUAAAAUUCUGAUCGGCAGACUCGCCGACAUUGUCAACACAUCUUACAAGAUAGCCGAAAGUGAUAUCUUUAUCCCUUCAUACAAACGCACCUCGGAAUCGGAAAUUGCACAAUUAAUUAGCAACGGCCAACUUGCAGUCGCAUACCUUGUCUCCAACAACGAACCCAUCGGUUGCGUCUUUGUCAAAUUGCUCACGCCCACUCUUGGCGACUUUGGCAUGUUGGCGCUCGACACCAAAUAUCAAGGCACUGGCUUGGGACGUCAGCUGGCCGCCUUUGCGGAGGAUGAGUGCCGAAGGCGAGGUUGCACAGCUAUGCAGCUGGAAAUUCUCGUUCCGUCAACGUUUCACCAUGAAGGAAAGGCCAGAUUGUUGAGUUGGUACAUCAGAAUGGGAUAUAAACUUGUCAAGUUGGGGGACUUUGGUCAAGAUUAUCCUGAUCUGUUCAAGUUGCUAGCUGGGCCGACGGAGUAUAGAGUUUUUGAGAAGACUCUUGUAUGA